AUGUCUUCCGGAACUCCUUCUACGGAACCGGAAAGUAGCGGCAGGUCUGCAGGCAUGAGCACGAGCCCUACAUCAAUACCGGCGGGCAAAGGCACAACAACACCUCCGAAAGUCACUCAACAAGAUGUCAGUGUUGAACUGAAGAAUAUGCGGCCUGAUCGUAGCCCUCCCAAGGGCUCAAUACCACUGGGAGAAGACAUCAUGCAGAUCGCUCGUAUCGGAGAAAUCGGGCCCAUGCAGAGGUUGUUUGAUGAGAAGAAGUUUACUGCCAACUACCAAGAUGAGGAAGGGAUUACUCCGCUUCAUUGGGCUGCGAUCAAUAAUCAAUACGCCAUGUGCAAGUUCUUGCUGGACAAUGGUGCGGACGUUAACGCCAAAGGUGGUGAUUCUGUAGCAACACCAGCCAUGUGGGCCGCUCAACGCUGUCACUAUUAUAUAGUUCACCUCCUCCUCCAGCACGGCGCCGAUCCACUUUUGACCGACGUUCAAGGUUACAACAUUUUACAUUUGGCCACCAUUGAUGGGAAUGCGUUUCUGCUGGUGCUCCUCUUACACCAAGAGAUACCAGUGGAUGUCAUAGAUCAGCAGGGUCAUACGGGAUUGAUGUGGGCGGCGUAUAAGGGAUAUCCCGCCUGCGUGGAUUUGUUCCUGCGCUGGGGCGCCAAUGUGAAUGCUGUCGAUGACGGCGGGCUGACACCCUUACAUUGGGCAUUGGUCAAAGGGUCAUUGCCAUGUGUGCAGAAGCUCAUCGAGUACGGUGCGGAUAGGUUUGCAAAAACCAGAGAUGGCAAGUCACCGGCCACGGUGGCCGGUGAGAUGAACACGACGCGGGUCUGGUACCGUGCUCUUGACGAGUGCGGUUACGACGUUGAUGGAAACACCAAGGUUCUGCCAAUGGGGCUCACGUCUUGGUUACGGAAUAAGAGCGUGAUGUCAAAGUUCUUCUUUUUGUGGCCAUUUUUGAUGGUGUAUGCGGCUGUCUAUAUUCUCAGCCACAUGGUCAUCUACGCUGCUAUACCGAUAAUGCUUGUAGCGACAUUUGGGCUACAGUGGGUAGCACAAAAGGCGGCCAGUCAAGCCCCUUCGGAAUACAGGGUACUCCAGAAAACGCCAUAUCUGUCAGGUGUCUUUGCGGGAUCCUUGUUUUGGGUUGGUGUCACAUAUAUCUUCAGCGUGUUGCCAGCAACCUAUUCCACGUCGCCAAUUUUGAAUAUAUUGUUCGCGGUGUUCUAUUGCCUCACAACAUAUUUCUACAUCUACUCGAUGACAGAAGACCCCGGCUUUGUUCCGAAGACAGGUAGUCGAAACCAGCAAAAAGUCGUGAUAAACGAGUUGUUUGAGCAGUGGAAGUUUGACGAGGAGAACUUUUGUGUAUUUUGCAUGGUUCGCAAGCCGCUGAGAAGCAAGCACUGCAAACGCUCCAUUGUCCCUGGAUUGACAACUGUGUGGGAGCAAAUAAUCUGCGCCAUUUUGUUUUACAUCAACAUUCUGCCUGCACCCGUGGAGCAUGCAUGCAACAUUAUCAAUGAAGAACUUUGUGGGUUUGUGCUACGGGAUCCGUUCACUCUUGUCCUGGACUUGUGGAUCGCCAUCCAGCUGGUCUGGGUUACUAUGCUCUGUGCUGUUCAACUCGUCCAAAUAUCUCGGAAUCAGACGACAUACGAGAACAUGAGGGGCCAUUCGAUAGAUCGAAGCUACCCAAGCUCUCGUGCCUUUGCCUCGGCCAUCACUGCGGGGACGACAUCGCUCGAGGCCGCUGGCCUGUCAGCAACGGGGCAAGGUCCGAACCCCGCGCUCGCAAGGGGCCAUUCGCACCGGGGACGGAGACAUGGGUGCUUACAGCAGUGGUCAUCUCUUCUCGGCAUCGACACAUUUUUCGCCACUGCCCGUGACGGGCUAAGGGAUGGGCCCCGCGCUGAUCGGCCUAAGAACCCGUUUUCCCGCGGUAUCAUCACCAACUGCCGCGACUUCUGGUGCGAUCCUGCUCCGUACUUUGGGAAGCGGGAGCCAGGCACUGCGAUGCUCGGCGGGGAAAUCGUCAACUAUAACCAAAUGUACGAGGUUCCGAUGCGCAUGUACAGUGAUGGCAGGUACCAAAGCGUCGCACAUGACGAUCCGGAGCAGCACGUCUGA